AUGUACAAAACUAUAGCUAUAGUGUGUUCCAUCGACAGAAUGCAAGCAGGGCAGCGCAAGCAAGUAGGUCACACCAAUCGUCGGCAGCUGACCAGUCUGCUUGACUGUGACCUCCUUGGACAAGCCCAGGUAGAGAGGGCAAUGAGAGCUGACAUAAGAACAUCACGCAAGACUACCAAGAAAGGUCUGGAGAAUAACUUGAACCUGACUCUGUGCUACGCAAGCGUGACGAUGCCCCCCAUGGAGAGUCCCCUCUGCCACGGAUCACUCAACUACCACAAUCCAGUUUGCCCAAUAGCUCCAGACACUGAUGUGAUUUUGGAGUGCCUAGGGAGCAUUUGGGAGCUACAUUAUCCGUACCUGACCAAGGCAGUUACUCUUGCCGAGCUGUGUGAGGGCAGUCAGAAACAGGGGACCACACAGCUUCAGGACACAGCAGACACAAAACGUCUGAGGAGGACAAGGAGAACUGUCACCAGUCCCACUAUCCUCCAGCUGUCUGUCAAAGAACCAUCUGUCACCAAAGAGACUCUGUCCUUUGCCCUAAGGACUCUCUACAGCCCCUCUCAGUGCCCUGAGCACUGGGAAGAGGGGAUCCUCUCUACCGCCACCAUUCUUGGCCUGCCACACCUCUUCCAGAGGUGUUUGAAUGAGAUGGUGCAAAAGAUCAGUUCUGUGACCGUGUGUGACUUCCAUCAUGUUUCAUACAAGUAUAAAGACACUAUUCUUCAGAGAGCAUGUGAACGUUGGCUAGAGCUUCACCUGGUAACUCAUCUUUCAUGUCACAUCAACCUGAGAGAUCUGCCCUUUGACCUCCUACUCAAGACUCUGCGAUGCCCCAGACUGUUUGUCUCUAGCGAAUAUGAGCUCCUGAAGACGGUUCUGCUCUGGGUUUAUCUUCAGAUCAACCCUAACGAUCAGAUUCUUCCUUCACACAGUGCCGUUAUCACCUUCUUUUCCAACUGCUCUCUCAAGGCAGGAAUUUUCUUGGAGCAGCCUAUAGGACAGAAGUAUACUGUUCUUUUUCAAGCACUUCAUCUACACGGCAUCACAGAAUGGCACCAUCUGGAGGAAAUCCAGCAAAUCAAUUUGUUUCCUCAGUCCUGGCUGCUCCUCAUCUUCUCCAGACAUUACUACACACUUCAGAGAGGCGGUGACAUGUCACUGACUGAUUUCUCCACAGAUGCGAUCCGUUUUGGAAUGAUCAUCAAAAAUGAAUCACAGUCUUGCAUUCAAACCAUUGGACUCUAUGGCUUCUAUUUCAUCCUUAAAUCUACCGGCCUGGAUACGUCAGACACCUAUGGCUUCUCUCUAGAGAGGUUAAGGCACUGGGACCCUGAACUGUCCUCAGACUCCUUUAUGACAUGCCCCUUCAGCAUGGUCGCAGAGCGGCACAUGCGUUACCAGAUUACAGUGCAGAGCUGCAUAAAUCAAGAAUGGCAGGUGUUCAGCAGUGGCCCUAUCAAUCAAAAGUUCACUCUGAGAAAACGCUUUUGUAAGAGCCAGAUGUAUAAACUCAAAGGGCUGUGUGUUCCCAUCUUGGUUACCUUUGCCUUGGCCUUUCCAUCAUCUUAA